GGCAACCCAACAAAAAGCAUCCCACCGCGUCUCCGCCCCGCCGCCACCAGCAGAUCCAUCCCCUCCCCUCAUCUUUACCCUCGAGCUCGGCGGCGACCUCGCCCUGCUCGCUCGUCCCGCCAAGCUCCUUGCCCCUCCGGCCAAGCCCCCGUGCCCCGCGCCAUGAACCCCUACGACACCCGCUUCGCCGACCCCUCGUCGUACCACGACAGGCGCAGCGACCUGGCCGUGGCUCCUAUUGUCGCUCCGCCGGUCCCCAUGCCGGCGGUGAACACUUACGCCGCCGCGUAUCCGCCCGUGCCGGCGGCACCCGCUGGCGUCGAUUACCCGCGCUACGGGCAGGGCGGCAGAGGCCGUGGAGGAGGAGGCAGAGGCGGAGGCGGCUUUGGAGGUGGCGGUGGAGGCGGCUAUGGUGGCGGCAGAGGGGCGCGCGGCAGGGACGGGCUUGACACGCUCGCCCUGCCCAAGCCUGACUUCCGGAGCCUGAUACCGUUCGAGAAGAACUUCUACGUGGAGUCUCCCUCCGUGCAGGCUAUGUCGGAUGCGGAGGUGGCGCAGUACCGCCGCCUACGGGAUAUCACCGUCGAGGGCCGGGAGGUGCCCAAGCCGGUCCGAUACUUCCAGGAAGCCAACUUCCCAGAUUACUGCAUGCAAGCAAUUGCCAAAUCUGGGUUUGUGGAGCCGACACCUAUUCAAUCUCAAGGUUGGCCUAUGGCUCUGAAUGGUAGGGACCUGAUUGGUAUCGCUCAAACAGGCUCAGGGAAAACAUUAUCUUAUCUGCUACCUGGGUUGGUUCAUGUUGGCGCCCAGCCUCGGCUAGAGCAAGGUGAUGGCCCAAUUGUAUUAAUCCUCGCCCCGACAAGAGAACUUGCUGUUCAAAUACAAGAAGAAUCCACAAAAUUUGGAUCAUAUUCAAGAACUAGAAGCACAUGUGUCUAUGGUGGUGCACCUAAGGGUCCACAAAUACGUGACCUUAGAAGAGGAGUGGAAAUUGUCAUCGCAACUCCUGGGAGGUUGAUUGAUUUGCUGGAAGCUGGUCACACAAACCUACGUAGAGUGACAUACCUUGUGCUGGACGAGGCAGACCGGAUGUUAGAUAUGGGGUUUGAGCCUCAAAUUCGAAAAAUUGUUGCACAGAUCCGGCCAGACAGGCAAACCUUAUAUUGGAGUGCCACUUGGCCUAGAGAAGUUGAAGCCUUAGCUAGACAGUUUCUGCAAAAUCCUUACAAGGUAACCAUAGGAUCACCUGACCUUAAAGCUAAUCAUUCCAUACAACAAAUUGUUGAAGUUAUUUCAGAUCAUGAGAAGUACCCGAGACUCAGUAAGCUCUUGUCUGAUUUAAUGGAUGGGAGCCGUAUCUUGAUAUUUUUCCAAACGAAAAAGGACUGUGAUAAGAUCACCAGGCAACUUAGAAUGGAUGGGUGGCCAGCAUUAUCUAUACAUGGUGAUAAAGCUCAAGCUGAAAGGGACUAUGUUCUUGCAGAGUUUAAGAGUGGCAAGAGUUCAAUAAUGGCUGCCACAGAUGUAGCAGCACGUGGUCUUGAUGUGAAGGACAUAAAAUGUGUGAUAAAUUAUGAUUUCCCAACAACUCUUGAAGAUUAUAUUCACAGGAUAGGCCGAACUGGCCGUGCUGGUGCCAGCGGAACAGCAUUUACUUUUUUCACACAUGCAAAUGCGAAGUUCUCAAGGAAUCUUGUCAAGAUUUUGCGGGAAGCUGGCCAAGUCGUGAAUCCUGCACUAGAAUCCAUGUCCAAAUCUGCAAGUUUGAUGGGAGGAGGCAAUUUCCGAUCGAGGGGAAGAGGUGGGUUUGGUAACCGGGGUCAUAUGUCUGGAUCAAAUUCCUUUCCGUUAGGAGGAAGGAGGCCAUACUAAUUGGUGCGAAGGAACUAUGAGACUUCUAUUUGUAUACUACUAGGCAUUAAAUGCACUCUUUGGGAGUGGGAAAUUUCUGAGAAAUUCCCUCAACUACUAGGACAUCAAAGUCAUUUGCUUCCGUUACUGAAGCUAUGAAGCUUCUGAUCAUAUGAAACAUCAACUUUUAUCAACUUCUUACCAUUUGCAUUUAAGUCAAAUUUCUCUUUUGGAGGACUGUUUUACCGGAGUCCCUUUGGUCAAAGUCUGGUCGUAUACUGUACUUCACCCUGUGUUGCUGAAGGAAAGGAUGCUUCUUUGUCGAGUA